UCCUGCUUUCCUAGGUUGCCGGUCAGAAACACGUAGGCCUGGCGGGGGCGACCUGUAAGAGCUAGCUGUCCCCGAGCCGCCCCUGGGUCCGCACGGGCAGAGCUCCACCUCCCGGAGCCAGGGGAACUGCCGGCCCAACUGCGCCGGCGCCGCCCCCGACCCCUGCCGCGCGAGAGCGUCGGUUGCCAUGGAACCGCCUGGCCGCGCCGUAGCCACUGAGCGACCCAGGCCACAAACCGACGGACUUGGGGCGCCGCCACCGAAGAGCUGUCUUCUGUCUCCCAGGAUGGAAGAGGGUGCUGGCCUGUUCCUGCACAAGGAGCUUGUGGAUGACCUCGUAGAGGAUGAAGCAGAUGAAUUGGAGGAUCCAAAGUUUGAGACGGAAUGUGGUCCCCUGGGAACAGAGAACACCGCUGCCCCCCACCACCCCUGUCCCAGGAAGGAGAGAAGCCCCGAUGCCCAGAAAGCAAGGACACCAACCACGGUCAGAGACAGGGUGCAGGCGUGCCAGCUGCGCAGGAGCCUGGACCUGCUGGACAGGGCGCAGGAAGAGAAGGACCUGUUCCUCCAGAAGACCAGAGAGGAGCUGUGCGCCUGUCACCACAGGAUGGACGUCCUGAGCAAGCAGCAGGCGAGCGUGGCUGCCCAGGUGGCCCAGGAGAGGAAGUCCAGCAACAUGGCAGCGGUGGGCCGCCUGCAGGCCGCAUCCCGACGCCUGCACCUGGAGCUGGAGGGUGAGCGUGACCUGCACGCGAGACUCGGGACCGUGCUGCAGGAGAGCGAGAACACCAUGUGGCACCUCGAGGUCAAGAAGGGGCAGCUGGAGGGCGUCCGGAAGUGCAACCGUGAGGAGGCCAAGGCCAGGGAAGGGUUCCUGCGGGCUCACACAGCCCAGCAGCUCCGCAGGGAGGAGGAAGCCUCGGGGAAGGCAGAGAGGAACCGCCGGCUCCGGAUCCGGAGGUCCUUGCACACCCAGAGGGAGCUGGGGCUCAGGCACCAGAAGCUGGUAGAAGAUGCCCAGAAGAACCACCGGGUGGCGGUGAAGUUCCUGAAGGCCUCCCUGGGCCGGAUCCGGGAGCGAGAGCGGCAGGAAGAGCUGGAGUCCCAUGAGCACCUGCAGCGGCGCAUGGAGGCCGUACUGGCACUGAAGAACAGCAUUGCCACCAACCGGGAGACGCUGCGGAAGUUUCAGGCCUGGGGCCGGGCCCGGGCGGAGCAGGAGGAGCAGCAGGCCCAGGCAGAGCAGCAGGCAGUCCUGGCCCAGGGCAGGGACGCCUUCAAGCACCUUUCCCACCAGCGCCGCCGCCAGGAGCUGGAGGCGCAGAGGCGGGCCUUCGAGGAGGAGCAGAAGCUCCGGAAGCAGGAGAUCGUCAGUCGGAUCCUGAAGGAGGAGGCCCAGGAGGAAAGCCUCAGGAAGAGACAGCGGCCCCCGGCCAAGGCCACUGCGCUCCGGACGCUGAGGGACCGGACCUGGAGCUACAUCGCUGCCUUCUGUGAAGGGAAGGCGGCCCCCGUAGCUACCAGGCACUCGCUGGACCUCCAGGCAGUGAUGGACCCCAUGUCCCUGCUGCUGAAAGCCUCCAGCGAGUCCAUGCAAAUGAUGCCUGCAGCCACCAACCUGGAGGAGGAGACGCUGGCUGAGCCAGAGAUCCCUGGGCUGUGGAGCGAGGACCACAGGCAGUACCAGGUGCCCAAGGAGGACAUGGACCGGAAGCCUGUGGGCGGGACAAAGAUGGACAAGGACAUCCUGGCCUGCACGCUGGAGCGACUCCGCAGCGGGGUGGUCCACAAGCAGGUGGCCUCCGGCCGGGAGUUCAAAGGCCGCCCAUUCAACAGCAAGCCUGAGCACAUCCACUUCAAGGACUUUGAUGUUGGCAAAGUGUACAAGAAGAAGAUCACAUUGAUAAACGCCACCUACACACUCAACUACUGCAAGCUGGUGGGCGUGGAGCAGCACCUCCGGGACUUCAUCCGCGUGGACUUCGACCCUCCCGGCCCCUUGUCAGCGGGGAUGUCCUGCGAGGUGCUCGUUACUUUCAAGCCCAUGAUAAACAGAGAUCUGGAAGGGAGCGUCUCCUUUCUGGCUCAGACAGGCGGAUUUUCUGUCCCACUGAAAUGCUCAACAAAGAAAUGUUCUCUGUCCCUGGACAAGAAGCUCAUCAGCUUUGGCAGCUAUGUGGUGGGAGAGACCACGUCCCGCACCAUCACGCUGACCAACGCCGGGGGCCUGGGCACCGCGUUCCAGGUCCUCCCGGCCUCUGAGCCCUUCGAGCUGGAAGAUUCCCAGUCCGUCCUGAAAGUGAGUAGCCUGUACACCCUCGAGGACAGAAAUCUCACGCUCGGUGUGUCUGACACACUGCUGGAAGCCAGCACUUCCUCCCUGCCUGGCAGCCAGAGCCAGAAGGAGUCGGUGCAGUCGGAGGAACUCAAGGGUGCACCUACAGCCAGCGGCGUGGUGACGAUCCCCAGCGAGGCCCAGGCGGAGAUCAUGCUGGGCGAGGUGACCGAGGGGGAAAUCGGGCCCUUCAGCUCCGUCAGAGUACCGGUGCUCUUCACCCCAGCCCUUCCGGGCGAGGUCCAAGCCAGGUUCCAGGUGGUGUUCAAGAACCCGCAGUGCCCGACGCUGUAUUUCAGAGCCACGGGCGUGGCGGUGGACGUGCCAGUGUGGGUGCCCAGGCCAAACGUGGACCUCAAGAUCUGCAUGUACGACCGGCUGUACCAGGACUCUGUGCUCGUGCGCUCAAGGUCGAAGGCGGCCCUGCGCCUGAGGUUUGAGGUAUGCAAGGAGCUCAGAGGCCACCUGGAGCUGCUGCCCGAAACGGGCUACAUCCAGGCCCUGGCAUCCUGCUCUGUGCAGCUCAAGUUCCUGCCCCGACAGACCCUGCCGGAAGACGCCAGGAAUUAUUUUGACAAGGACAGCCGUGUUCUGGAGGCCCCAAUGACAAUCUGGGUGGCUGACCAGACCAAGCCGGUGGGGUUCACGGUGCACGCCAUCGUCACCACCUCGGACCUGGAGCUCCGCCCCUCCUCGGUGGACUUUGGCUACUGUACCAUCUACGAGGCCAUCAGGACCAGCGUCAGCCUUUGCAACCACUCGCUGCUCCCCCAGGAGUUUGGGUUCGUGGGGCUCCCCAAGUUCAUAGACAUCCAGCCCAAUGACGGCUUCGGGACCAUCCUGCCGCUGGAGACGCUGCAGCUUGACGUACUCUUCCAGCCCACCAAGGCCAGGGAGUACAGCUUCCAGCUGGUCUGCAAGUCGGAGAUAAACCGGUGCUUCAAGCUGUCCUGCCAGGCCGUGGGCGUCCACCCGCCCCUGGAGCUGUCCCACUACCAGAUCAAGUUUGCAGCCACUGCGCUGUACGACACUUCGGUGGCCUCACUGUACGUCAUCAACUCCCACCUGGCCACGAGCUCACUGCCCCGCGGGGCCAGCCCAGGGGACCUCUGCCCAGUGGGACCAACAUCUUUCGAGUUCCUGCUGCCCCCGGACGCACCCAUUGCCAUCUCCCCUUUGGUGGGAUCCGUGUUGCCCGGAAAGAGAUGCCUGGUCCGAGUGGCCUUCCAGCCCACGCUGCCCCACCAGCUGGUCAGCCAGGAAGCCCUCCAGACCCCCAACAAAGAAACGCAGGCCAAGCCGCUGCAGAAGGACGCGGCCACCCAGAGGAAGGACAUGAAGGUGCAGGACCAGGCGGGCCAGGGCCCCACCCUUCAGAAACAGGAGCUGGAAGCCAGAGCCGAGGAGUACCAGGCCGCCCAGGCCACUCUGGCCAGAACAUUCCAGGGGCGGUUUGACAAAUUCGUGGUCCCCUGCGUGGUUGCCAGCGGUGAUGUCAAAGACAGGAAUGGGCUGGAGCCCCUGAGCUUCAGCCCCCACAACACGCUGUACCUGGAGCUAUGGUGCCCAGCGGUGGCUCCGGCUAUCGUGGUGACCUCGGACAGAGGCAAAACCAUCAUCAAUUUUGGCAACAUUGCUGUUGGACAACGCAGCCUCAAGAGGGUCUCCCUUCAAAACACCUGCCCCGAGGACCUGGCCCUGGACUUCUCCGUGCUGAACCCCAGAGGCCCCUUCUUCCUGGUGAACACCCCCAGCAAGCUGCGUGCUGGCAAGACACGUGUCCUGGCGGUGUCCUUCUCGCCUCAGGAGAGUGUCCUGGCCCAGGAAGUGCUGGAGAUCAUCACCAAGAGAGGCACGCUCGCCCUCACCCUGCUGGGCGCUGGUGUGGCAUCCGUGAUCACGUGCUCCCUUGACGGCGACGUCCUCGACAUGGGUUACGUGCUUGCCAGAGAGUCUGUCUCCACGAGCUUCAAGCUGCAGAACGACUCCUCGCUGCCCAUCAAGUUCUCCAUGCGGCUGGACAGCCUCUCGGGCUCCAGAGCCUCUGCCCAGCAGGAGCUGCCGAAGUUCCUCACCUCCGGGCCCCAGAGGACAGAUGUUGUGGGGACACAGAACCACAGCGGCCAAAGCGUGUUCAGUGUGGUCCCUGUUGCUGGUGUCCUGGACCCUGGGAGGGCACAGGACUUCACCGUGACCUUCAGCCCCGACCACGAGAGCCUGUACUUCUCUGACCAGCUCCAGGUGGUGCUCUUUGAAAAGAAAGUCUCUCACCAGAUUCGGCUGAAGGGGGCCGCCCGCGAGCACAUGAUGUUUGUGGAGGGCGGGGACCCCUUGGACGUGCCCGUGGAGUCUCUGACGGUGAUCCCUGCCUCUGACCCCGAGCACAGAGAGGGUGAGCUCAGCAUUAGGAAAGGGCAGGGGAGGACGCAACCUCAUGAGCAGUUGGGGGACCCCAGCACCCCCCGGCAAGUGGGUGUACCAGUCCCACAGAGGAGGGCAGGGGAUCCGGGCUGCCAUCCCCAAGGCCAGGCAGGACCCGCCAUGCACCGGGCUCAGAAGGAGUCCACACCCAACUACCCUGCCUGUCCCGGCCACGGCCUCUGCCAAGCCAGUGUCCAGCACCCUCCCUCUGCAGAGGCUGAGGAGCUGAAGCCUGUCCUCCUGACCCUGAACUACGUCCAGCUCGACACACACCAGCCAGCCCCACCUGCCACCAGGGAGCUGCAAGUGGGCUGCAUCCGGACCACGCAGCCGGCUCUAAAGAAGACCGUGGAGUUCAGCCUGGAUGGCAUCACAUGGCUGCAGCACAAGGGCUUCUCCAUCGAGCCCGCAAGAGGCUUCUUGGACCGAGGCCAGACCAAGACCAUCAAUGUCUCCUGGGUGCCGCCUGCUGACUUUGACCCAGACCAGGCACUCAUGGUGUCCACCCUGCUGCAGCUCAAGGGCGAUGUGAAAGAGAACUACAAAGUCAUCUUUGUGGCCCACGUGGUGACUGGCCUCUAGGGCCACAGGAGCCUCUUCCUGCAGCCCCAGACCCUCAUCCCACAGCCAAAGCCCUCCCCAGGCCAGGCCAGGCCAGUCCCGGGGGCUUGAACCCACCUCUGCUGGAUGGGUUCAAUGAAUAGGACCCAGGCUCCUGGUCCUGCGAACAUGGCCACUUCCUGUGGCCCUGGACCAAACCAGCUUGGCCAAGAGCAUCCCCUUCCUGAACCUAGUCCAGCCACAGCCUGCUCCUAACCCGGGUGGAGAAGAGCCCCAGGCCCACCAGGACCCAGCAAAUCAGAGGCCACAGGAGAGCUGUACCAUGCACCCGCCAAUAAACGUUCCGUGAGCUAA